CUCGAACAGGCGCAAGUAGAUCGUGGUGGAGUAUCCACGUCCACGCACAGACGGGCUUUUCAAAAUUGUCGAGUAUACUCUUCAGUUUCAGUCGGUUCGGCGUUUCGCAAUCGCGAUGAACGUAUCCGUUUUUUCGUUUCAUAAUCGUUAAUGUAGCGAGAACGCCGCGGACGUGUGCACGUCGCUUAUCGGCGUGAAAUAAUCGACUUGAUUUUAUUUUGUUAUUGGCGUUCGCGAUUUCCUCUUUCGGUGGGGACACCGAAUGGUUUUUGCGUCGCGACUCGCGUUUCGAAAAAUUUUUAUCGCACGUUCCACCUGCGCUCGUUGUUCGGUGAUUCCAGCGCAGCGGACUGGAUGAGCAGUGUUUUCCUGUUGUCCGAUUGAGCCGGUUAUUAUUUGAUUUCCAGUCGGGAAUUCGACGUGUAGAUUUUUAAUUUUUAUUUACGAAUGUUUUUGUUGUUUUUCGGGUUCGCUUAAGUAGCCUUGGCGUCGUCUGUAUACUGCGGCAGGUAAAAUAUUUACCUGAUGGAUGAGCGGUGUUUAGGUGAGGUGGGAAUUGAGGAUUUACCGAAAGACGAACUCGACCCCAAAACGAAUUACAACCGCAUCAGGACGAAAUUAGAAAACAAUGAAUUAGUAAACUUUAAGAAGGUUGAUAAAACAUCGACGAUGAUACCGGAAAAUUUGGACGAUUCGGAUAAUCCGAAAGCUCCCUUAUUCGACGAAGACGGUCUGAUAAUCCCCAGGAAGCUGCCCAAUCCUGUUAAAGAGAACGCCGAUAGGCAAAACUUGCACAGGGAGCUGUUGUUUAAUCAAAAAAUAGGUAAAAAUGUGUUGAACCAGAAAACGGAGCUGCAGCGGGCCCUCGAGAAACAGAAAGAGAAUCUGGCGAAAAAGCAACUGGAAGAGCACAUCUCGGCGCAAACUCCGGAACUGGAAAAAGUGAUCGCCGACAGAGCGAAACGCCUCCAGAGUUCGCACGAAGAUAAGAACGAAGACGAUAAAGUCAUCAAUAAAGAACUGCUGCAAAUUCGAAUGAACUUGAAAACUCGAACGGACGCUAACAAAUAGCCCGACUUCCGAUGCAUUUAAUUAUUUCCGAAUUAUCAAGAGCUGGUAGAUUUUAGUUUUUAGUUCGAGCAUUAACAAAAUGUGCGUAACGCCAUAGAGGAAUGCCUAGAGUAUCGUUAAUUUAUUUUUUAUAAUCUUCCGAAGUAAGUUUGUGGGCAAGUAACGACGGCAAUCAAGUACAAUUAUACAAGAGAUUAAUCGAAGAGCAAACUUAUUUUAAUAAUAAUAAAAUUAAUAACGAGCUAAAAUCAAUUUAUAGAACGUUUAAAAUGCGUAUUAGAUCUAUUUUUGAUAGUUGUAAUAUUUUUAAAAUAUCACCAGAUGUAAUUUGCGAGCAUUUACCACUUUGUAUGUAUCUUAUCUUAUAAACGAGUUACUGCUUUCUAACAAAAUUUUUAUCUAUCAAUGAAGUCUUCUAUACGUUCCUCCAAUAAAAUAUCCUGCGUGAUAUGGCAACAGUGGAUUUAAAUUUUGGGUAGAUAGGAGUUGUUACUAAUGCUUCCGCAGUGGAGAGAUAAAAUUCACAUAGGCCUAAUUGUGCGUAAAAAAAUUAAAUCACUUGAUGUGCCAAAAUUUUAUCGAGAAAUUUCUAUCAAUAUUUUGGGAAUUAUACACUACGUGAUUUAAACGAAUACUUUAUUCUCUGAUAGAAUAGGUAUUAGAAGAGGUAGAUAUUUUAGUUUUCAUUACAAAAGUCUAAAAGAUAAACGGCACGCAGUCAUUUGUUGUAAUUCUGUGACUUAUAUUUUAGAAUUUCAUCAAACAAGGGUAUUUUUUUUUAUUUAGUAAGGUAUAAUAACGUAUCUGUGAAACUUUAGUUUUAGGUAUAACUCAAAUUCGUUUCUAUUAAGAUAUAAACAAGCAAAUGUAUCUUAAUUUAAGUGAAACAAUUAUGUGUACGUGUAAAAAAUAAAGUUUAUUUUGCAAACGAA